AUGUUAGACAUCUAUCAGAAUUUUAGGUUCAAGAAUGAUUGUUUCGUUUUGAUUGUCACUGCAGUUUCAACGGUCGCUAAUGGUUUAGUUCCAGUUGUGAUAUCGAUUUUAACUGGGAGAGUAUUUAACCUGUUACAAUCUCUCGGAACUGAUACUUACAAAACGAAAUCUGAAUUUGUUCACGAACUUACGGUAAGGUCAUUCUCAAUUGCAGCUGUGGCAGCUUGUGUGAUUCCAAUAUCAUGGGUCUCCUUAUCGACCUGGAUGACUUUAGGAGAACGACAGGGUUUCAGAAUUAGAAACUCUCUCAUCAUGUUUUACUUCGAGAAAGAUCUAAAAUGGUACGAUUCGAAUGAAAACCUGGAAGGAGAUUUCAUCCAGAUUAACAGAUGCAUAGAAGAAGUUAGGGCAAGUUCUGCCGAAGCUUCAGCAAUUUUCUUUCAAAAUGUCAUCUCAAUUAUCGCUCUAAUCGCUACUUCAAUGUACUAUUCGUGGUCUUUAACAUUGAUAAUUUUAUGCAGUUUACCACUACUGGCAACUCUAGCCGUUUUCCUCUCUAUGAAAGUGGAGAAAUUCUCAAAACUUGAGAACUUGGAAUCUUCAAAGGCCUCGUCAGUUUUGGCAUGGUCUCUUGAUGCAUUUCAAAUGAUACGGCUAUUCAACACGUCUUACUGGGAGCAGAAGAAGUUCGAGACGCUAGUAUCCAAAUGUAACAAACACUUUGUCAAAUCUUGCUUAUACUCAGCUUUGAAUGCAUCGAGUUUAAGGUUUCUAACACUAUGCAUGUUUGUGCAAGGUUUUUGGUUUGGUAAUACACAAAUCAAACGUGGGAAGAUGAAAGCUGGGGAUGUAAUUACAUGUUUUUCCUCUUGUUUAUUGUUGGGGUCUUCCUUAUCAAGUACGUUGCAGCAGAUCGUUACAAUUCAAAAGGGUAAGGCAGCAAUACAACGUAUCAACCAGUUCCUUGUUCCCAAUUCUAAGUCCGCCGUUGGUGAAUGGGAAAAACGAAGUUCUCUCAUAUCAACAUCUUCUUCAAUAGGGUUAGCACCCAUCUUUUGUGACGGUGAUAUUGAAUUUAGGGACGUAUCAUUUGCGUAUCCUACUAGACCAGAUGAUUAUGUACUAAAAAAUGUUUCCAUAAAGAUUAAAUCUGGAGCUACAUGCUUCAUUGUUGGGAAGUCAGGGUCAGGGAAAUCGACGUUAGCCAGUCUUUUACUGAAAAUGUAUGGCGAAUACACCGGUGAGAUCAAGUUCGGUGAAUACGAAAUAGACUCACUUGAUGACUCCUGGUUAGUAGAGAACAUUACAUUAGUGGAACAAAGGUGCACAUUGUUCAAUGGGACAUUAAAAGAUAACUUGACGAUUGUCAAUAAAUACGCAUCAUGUACCGAGGUAAAGCAAGCAUGUCAAUUUGCUUUACUAAACACUGUCCUGUUAAAUCUGCCGAAUGGUAUUGAUACACUUUUGGGCAGACACGGUGUGACAUUGAGUGGGGGUCAGCAACAAAGAGUAGCUCUAGCCAGGGCAUACCUGAGAAAUACUCCAGUACUGAUUCUGGAUGAAUCUUUGUCAGCCUUGGACAUAAUGUCUAGAGAGUUAAUAGUGGAAGCUAUCAGACAUUGGCGAAAAGGGAAAACUACUAUAAUCCUAACUCAUGAAUACACUCAGAUCAAAGAUGAUGAAUAUGUAUAUUUGAUGAGCGAAGGAACGGUGGUCGAAAGUGGAUUCAAAUAUGAUCUUCUAGAAAACCCAGAUUCGUACUUUGCACAAUUAAACAGUCUACAGGAGACAAGAUAUGAAGUACCAGUAAGUCCAGAUGUAGAACUACCUUAUUCUCCUGAUAGUGCUACCUAUAAUCAUCAACCAAUAUCAAGAUUUUCACGGUUUUUCUUCGACGCGAGUGCGCUUGAACCGCAUCUUCCCAACACAUCAAAAUCAACAGAUCAGUUAGAUAACAAACGCGUUGUGUCCAGAGUUCAACCCUUAGACAUAGAGAAAGCCUUACAAGAAAGAGAAUGCGAUUUAGAAGAACAAGGCAUACCAAAAAUCUUGACGCUUUCUGCUAUUAUGAAGAAAAUGAAUAAUUCAAUACCGAAGAGGCGGUAUUUGGUACUGGGAUUGCUAUUCUCUGUUAUUGCUGGUAUGUCUAAUCCACUUUUCUCCUAUACAUUCUCCAAGUUGUUGACAGGAAUUGCACCACAAGAUACAGGCACCAGUUCCUCAUAUUAUCUGAUGAAGUGGUCACUAAUUGUGAUCAGCAUAUCAGCUGUAGACGGUAUAUCAACAUUUUUGAAAGACUUUAUACUUGGAUAUUGUAGUGAAGUCUGGAUUGAGCGGUUGCGAGUCGACGCAAUGGCAAAAAUAUCAUCUAAAUCUCUAGACUGGUUUAAAUUACCUACGAAUAACUCAUCUGAACUCAAUUCCCUCAUGAUGAAUGAUCUUCGAGAUCUAAGAGGCCUUGCCUCUGAAUUUUUGAGUGCUAUUACUACACUGGUUUUUGUAGCAUCUAUUGGUUUGAUCUGGGCCUUAGUCUCUGGGUGGAAACUCAGUCUUGUAUGCAUCUCGCUAUUUCCAGCCUUUAUUUUAUUCUCCGGUAUUUAUGGUUCAUUGCUUCAAGUCUACGAGACUGCCUAUAAGACAGAAAUCGCAGAGCUUGAGACAAGGGUUCAUGAACUUGUCAUAUCCAUGAAAACUAUCAAACUCCUUCAACUACAGCAACAUUUUGAGGGCUCCUUCAAAACUCAACUGGCGAAAGUUAGAAUAGUAUGCAAGAAAAGAUCAGUUGCUGUCGGAUUUGGGAUAGCUGUUACAAAUGCAUUAGCUAUGGUUGUCCAAGCUAUUUUAUUCUUUUUCGGAAUAAAAUUAGUAAUUCAAGGUGAGUAUUCUGUAGCACAAAUGUUCGAAACGUUUACGUUACUUCUUUUCUCCAUUAUGACUUGUGUUUCUUUGAUCAACCAAGUUCCUGAAAUUAGCAGAGGACAAAGGGCUGCUACAUACAUAUUUAAGGUUCUAGAAGAUUCUGGCUCUGUUGAUACAUCAAAACCUGAUCCCUCACAGAACCAAAGCUUCUUUAGCACAGCGGGCAACAGAGAGACGAUUAAGAUAUCUAAUCUAUCUUUUGCCUUCUCAAGCGCACCGAUGAAUAAAAUAUUCAACUCGUUAAGUUGCGAGAUCUGUCUUAAUGAAACUGUCGGGAUUGUUGGCGAAUCUGGUUCUGGAAAGUCUACCCUAUCAUUAUUGCUAACAAGACUCUACCCUGUACCUAGUGGGAAAGUUUAUAUUGGUGGUAUUGAUAUCAAUAAAUGGGAUGAGUAUGCUUUAAGAAGAACCAUUUCAAUUGUGGAACAGAAGCCAAAAUUCUUUGAUGGUACAGUAAGAGAAAACCUGGUAUAUGGUCUCAAACGUAACGUUUCAAACUCUGAAUUAAGAUCAGUUUUAAAGUCAGUUGAUUUACUAUCAUUUGUACAAACCCUACCGAAUGACUUGAAUACGCGCGUUCAUGAUGGGUUAAUGUCCGGAGGUCAAGCCCAACGAUUAUCUAUCGCCCGCACGUUGUUACGCCAGCCGAAAAUCAUCAUACUAGAUGAAUGCACAUCUGCACUGGAUGCAGCUAAUUCAUUUGCAAUUGCAGAGCUCAUCAGGACUGUUCUGAAGAAUGUUACGGUGAUUGUUAUUACUCAUUCAGAGCAAUUGAUGCAAAUUUGCGAUAGGGUUCUUGUUUUGAAAAAAGGGAAAGUUAAAGAAGAGGGAUCCUAUGCAGAGCUCUUCGAAUCUAGAGGCGAACUAUACCGGAUAGUUUCGUGCACUAGAUAUUAA